CGGCAGCACGACAACCAACGGCGGCGGCAAGCGAAGGAGCGGAGCGCAAGCGGUGGCAGAAGCGGCGGCGCGGCGUCUCAGCUGUGCGUCGGUGGUUUGGCUCACAGCAGUUCCCUGUGAGAAGAGAAUGUAGCUCUCGGUUGUGUUGAAACUCAGCAGGAGGAGGAGGGGCUGCUAGUGGCUGUCUGCCAUGGAGAAGUCUUCGAGUGGCCAGGUGUACCGGUACCCACCAGCCUCGGGCCUUCUGCUGGGUGCGGGCCUGGUGGGCUACUGUGCCACGUUGCUUCUGCUGGUGAGCUUUGCAAGCCCUUACUGGCUUGAGAGCUACCAAGAGGCCAACAUGGAGUUUGUCCGGCUGGGCCUGUGGGACGUCUGCUUCCACAACUACCGCCACCCGUCCUACCAGUAUGAUGAAACCUUCAAUGGCUGCCACUGGAUUCAUUCGUACGCUUACCAGAACAUCCGUGACUGGCUCCUGCCUGGAUGGCUCAUGUUUGUGCAGAGCAUGAUGACGUUGGCGCUGAUGUUUGCCCUGGGUGCCCUGGUGUUGCUGAGUGUCGUGCUGAUGCGUUACAUGCUGCGCUUUGAGAUCAUCUUUCUGCUGGGUGCAUUCAUUCUCGAAGCUAUUACAGCGGUGCCCGUGUUCCUGUCGGUGGCGGUGUUUGGGGGCAUGUGCUUCGACCGCUCCUGGCUACAGUACCCAAACUACAACCACCUGUCGUGGGCUUACGCACUCGCCGUGGUCGCCUUCUUCUUCCACACACUUGCCGCCGUGAUGCUGUUGGCAGAGACCUUCAAGGCCCGCGAGCGUCGGCGACGGGCCAACAACCUCAUCUACAACAUGCAACCCAGGCCUGGAACUUCCCUCUCUCUGCUUGAAGCCACACCUGUGGAAAAGCCAUCCACUCCAGCUGAGUAGCCGUCCCAAUACCAUCGGAAACACAGAGGGGGAUAGCCUAUGGGUGGGAUAUCCCAAGCCUUCGUCACCUGGAAGUUUCCAAAGCAACAGCGCGGGUCGUCUGAUGAGGUCUCAAAAUUGUCAGCAAGCCGUGCUGGAGACACGUUCGUAGGAAGGCCAUGUGAAAUGACAGAAUUGCUGCUUUUAAUUGGCAAGCACUUUGUACAUUUCUUAUGGCUCCAACAUGGUCAUUGUGGGCCCCUAAUGAGUCUCCAGUAAGUGGAAUGCGGGAAAAAAAGGCUGUCAGGUGUAGGGAAGAAAACUGAAAAUUUAUGGCUGCUGUAAUGUUGUGAAAUUUGCUGAAUUGCGAAAGUAGGCUUUUGAUGUGCAGGCAGUGCAGACGAGGCCGCAUUGAACAGUUCGGGGCACUUUGUUGCGAUGAGCCAGGCCAUGAAUGGACACAGCUCCACUUCAUGUUUUGUGGAAAUAUGUGCCUGUGCAGAUAACAAAUUACCUCAGUGAAAUUCUUGUGAAUUGUUGUUAAGUGUCCCAGCGGUCUCUCAUAAACUCGCAUAGAUGGUGACGCCAUAAUUUUCUGUAGGCAGUAUUCAAAGAAGCUCUGUGACUGUUGCUAAAACUUUAUAAUUCACUAAAGAUUAUGUGCAGCUCAGCAGCAUUACAUCUCGGUCUCGGUUAUUUACAGAAACCUUCCUUAUUCUCAGGCUGAAUGAAGCAUAUGCUGCUGUAACUUGUUCUUGAACUGUAGCUUGUUUGCAUAAAGUGCAUAAAAAGCUUGCCAUUGCAGUACUCUUGCCAAGAUAUUUCUGUUUGUGGCAGCAAUGUCAUAAGUCCAUCAGGACAGGCUGUGUUGAUCAGAAGUGUUGCCAACUUCCGGAUCCAAUUUGCUCCAAGGAAAAAAAAAAUUCCCUUCAUUUUUCAACCAACAUGUGGACAUCGAAUUGGAAGCCGAUUAUUGCAGUGGUAAACGUAUGUUGAGCUUUGUUUAAUAUGAUGGCAAAUUCUAUAUUUAAUUUUUUCUAAACUCCUUUUAGGGCAUUUGAAUUGCGUAGUCAUUGCUUUUAAAUUCGGAGAUGCUGUCAUGCCAAUUGUGCUUUCAAAAGUAUUUAUUUACGGAAAGAUGAAGUGAAGCCAAAGUUAAAUGGAAGGCAUUUUCUGUGCUUUCAGUGUGUGGAAAAAGUUUUGUUCUGUAAGCGCUUUUUCUAUAUUGAGCAAAGGUGAUGUGGUACAAAAUAUAUUAACAUGUAUAACACAAAGAAUAUCAAUGCCUUCAAUAGUAUUCGUUUCACAGUUAGUCGCUGAUGCUGGGAAGUCUGGCAUAAAAUUAGCAAUACCCCUUCGAGGAUUGUAGCAGCAGUACUUAUGGAACAUGGACACAGAAAGAAUGAAUAGACGUGGACGCAACUGUUAAAAAAUGCAUAGAAAAUCCUUUCUAUGUUCUUUGUUCUGUUCUGUGUUCUUUCCAAGUUCCUUCUGUGUCCGUGUUCCAUAAGUUCUUCUGCUACAAUCCUCGAAGAAUGGACCAGCUAGCUGAAUCAAACACCUUUUUUAGCAAUACUCAAAAGCCCUUGAUUUAGGGAGAAGUUUCUAGAGUUGGCAGCACUUAGGUACUCGUAUAACUUAACCUUCUCCUCAUGAAAGCCUGCUUCAAGUGGUAACAGUCAAAUCCACAAGUCUCAUCCGUCUUGACUUUAGCAUGUUUUAGAGCACAGCUGUUAGGCACCCGUUCCUGUGGCAAGGCUCGCUGUCCCUCAUAAACCAGCGAAUGAGCACAACGAAGGACAAAAGAGCAAACGCGGAGUGAAGCAGGGGAUCAAACACUGCGAUAGUAAAAAGAGCGUGAGGAGAAAAGCGGAGGAGGGGGUUGCGGCAGAACCGUGAGGUGCAAAACAGACUAGGAGGGUAUGGCGAAAGCAUGAGAAGAAAAGCGUAGUGCCAUCCAAGACGGACUCUGUGGGGACAAUAGCCAUGAGAUGGCGCCACAGUAGCACGUGUUGUCUGUUCACCACCGACGCCACUGAUACCAUAUGUGGAAACAAAGUGCUGCCUGAGUAGAGGUCUGUCUGCAGCGGCUGCUGUGAAUUGCGCCCAUGCAUCACCCAUGCGCUGCCUCUCACGAUCUCCUGGUUAGCGAGGCAGUCGCCCCACAGUCUUCUCCGUUAAAACGGACCGCACGAGACAGAUUGUCUGCAUGAGCCAAUAUAUCGCGAAAUGAAAGCACAUAUAGAGCUGCACUCAGAUUUCUCAUUAGGGAGCAUCGUAAUUGUCGGUGAAUUUUCUUCGCGCUUAGUAUCCACGUUGUGUGUAUUGUAACGAUGGACGUACAGUUGAAAUUAGGUGCCUUUGUGUGCUCACUGAAGUCUUUGUUCUAGUUCAUCGUGUCUUCUUCGUGAUGCACUCUAUUACUUUAACGUGUCUUAACCAUGAGCUAUCACCAUUAAAGCCAUUCUGAGAUGUCUUACUGUUGUAUGGGUGCUUGAGCUGCUGUCUGGAUGCACUGGCAUGGAAUUAAUAACCUUCCUCAUAACACGCCUUUUCAUGGCAGCUUUUUUUAUCCCAUGGCCUCACAGCACAUUCAUUACAGCUACUCACUGUAAUUUAUAAUUCUAACGAUCACGUUUGCUGCGCCGGCUUGCCGUUGUAAAUUGUGCAGUUGGAAAAUGUUUGAUGAUAUGGCCACCACCAAAGUGUAGCGGGCACAUUAAAGGCACUGGUACACAGUUCGAGUGGUUAACCAAAGUAUUCUGUGGCAGAAAGCAUGUUUGUGCUUUCUUUAAUGCAUAGCGCAGGAAUAGUGGAGAUGUAAAGCAGCAUUAUAAAUGUCUAAAAAGAUGUUCCAACGGAUUCAUUUUUAUGCUCUGUAAUCUAUAGCAAAGUUUGUCCUUUCAUUUGGCUUUUCUAUGCCGAGUGCUCGCAUAGUUUUCAAUGCCAGAAAACUGUUGUAGGGACAGCAUUCACGCUGGGCAUAAGUAAGGCUCGUAUCUAAGUGACUAGCUGGGGCUUCGUUGUGUGAUGUAACAGACUGGAUGCAGCAACGCCUUUUGAGAGAUGAUCCCCAUUGGUGCACCCUGACUGUCGCUCUCUGUCCUCCUCUCUCUCCCUCGUUAAGGAUGGCGCCGGCUGAUCCGGCAACGCGCCUUUACCUUUUCCCUGCCGACGGCACCUCAGUCUGAGGAGAGAGCACCCAUGGCUGACAGGCACAACCCCCUCUCCUCUGUCGCCUGACUAACUGCGACCUUGAUGGGGCAGCAAACCGUGGCCCUCUUGUCUGCUGGUCAGGCCACUGGUGAUAGCGUAGGUGCUGGGCCCAGCGUAAGCUGCAAUCACACUCCCCAUCCGCACUUCACGUGCUGCUUCCUUCAUCACACCAUUGCCUGAGAGAGGACGAUAACAGCUGGUGAAAGUGGGUAAACAGGCUGCAGUAACGAGGCUUUGUAGUGGAAAAAAGAAAAGUGUAGCAAAAGAAUGAGCCCUAACAGAACACAUAAGAGCCCCUUCACGGCACGUGCAUCCGUGAUUGUCACUGGAGGCAUCACUUUUUCGUGACUAUUUUGAUUCUGAGCAAGUGAUUCCAAGAGGGAGAAGCCACUGGUACUCAGAUGUUGCACACGAACAACGACUGCUAGAGGGGUAAAUGAUAGGGCUCGCGCCAUGAAUAGCUGCUGCCUGGUCAUUGCUGUGUGUUUCUCAGUGAUCGGUGAGCUCAGUGAUGAACGUACGAGUUGCACGAAGCAAUGAAAUGUGAUAAGACCAAGUAGUACUGACUUGCCCUCUUUGCAUCAUGUGCCCAGGAGCAAUAUAAGUAUCAUGUCUUGAACUAGGAGUGCCUCCAGUAGAGGGCUCUGAUGUGCAGCCAAGCACACUGCCUGUGCUGACAAGAGAGUCGAGGGCUGCUCUAGAUCUAGUAUAUGGCAUGCAUUGUGUAUGCCACACAACCCAAAUCUAGAUAAUAGUGAAUAGCAUCUCUGAUAAUAAAAAUCACAUUUUAUUUUUUCUGCUCUCGUUUUCAUGGUUGGGACAUUAAUUGGGUGUUCCAGCAGUGACUGUCUCCAAUUAGUAUACCCAGGGUCUGAGAAAAUUAUUUCGAUCAAAAUUUAUAGCAGUAGUGGAUGUCUAUAUUAGUGUUAUAAUUGCCAGUGCAGUCAGUAACUAAUCUUGCUUUUUAACUUUUUAUAUAUUUAUGAGAUAAGGAAAGCCAAUAUGGCAAGGUUGACCAUUUGCUGGAAACUGGGCCUAGCAGUAGUUUAGAAAAAAGAAUGGAUGUAAAAUUUGUGGGGAAAUGCAUAGCUGUCCCAGGUAAUGUUCUCCCACAUUGCACAAAAGUUAUGUGGAGGAAUUCGUAAACUGUACCACCGAUAUCCCAACACGGUGUGUUCUGAGCUUGCUUUUCUUGAGGCUAGUGCAAGGCAGCGUUCCUGCUAAGUACUUGUGGUUUGCAUACUCCUGCAAUUCUAAUAUGUCCCUGAAGUUGUUAAUUAAAAGUUGGUAAAAAUCAGUUACUUAAAUAUUCCAUUGCUUAUUAUUAGACAAAUUCUGGGGUCCUCCAACUCUCGGUUAGCAAAAAGAAAAAAGAAGCCCCCCGUCUUCAUUCUGCCCUGUAAAAGUGGAUGUACAGCGAAGCUGUUGCCGACAUUAGGCGACGUUACGCAAGCACCACCACCACAAGCAACAUACGUCGUGCACGUCUGCAGAAGUGCAGCAUAGAUCCUCGUUCUUCUAGGCCUACUAUGUACAAGUGCAUGGUUGAACUGAAUGAUUAUUUAAUGGUAAAUUCCAUCAGAAAAUGUGUGAAGUACAACUUACACACAAGCUGCAGACAUGGUAGCUUUGGAUUGCUAUUCGAAUAUACGGGACAACAUAAAUCGCGGGAACUCAAAGGCCCUUUCCCUGUUGCCAUCUGUCUGAGUGGUGGAGGUAUUGUUAGCAUAGCAUACAUCCUCAUUCUUGUAGGCCGUCUGCCUAGCACGAUGGUUUUAUAGAACUAAUUGAACUUCUCAAAGUAAAAUGCAUUAGAAAGUACGACUUACACACAACCUGCAGACAUGAUAGCAUCAGAUUAUAAUUCCAAUAUAUGAAGUUUGAGUUCAUAUAUAAACUGAAACAUGAAGCCUUCCAGCUGCCGUUUGUUUUUGGCCGAGCAUGCCACGAGAAAUCCCGACCAACUAGAGGCUAACAGCUUCGCUGUGAAACUUUUUCUCGAAUCUCAUAUUUUAUUAAUGAGACAUAAUCGUAGCAGAAACGCAUGGCAUAGUGGCAGCCUAUAUGUUCAUAUUCUCAUUUUUGUGCAUAUAUGCCUAUUUAUCCCAUAGUUUCUGACUGAUGUUUUGCUAAGUAACAGGCCAGCCAUUGGGCAGCCACAAAUUCUGUGCAGUUCUUUUCCCUCCUCUUUGCCUGUCGUGCUUUUGUUGCAGUGACCUGCUGGCAAUUGGUGUCUCUCACUAUUCACACACAAUUGCGUAGUGGUCGGAAUGGCUGCGAAACCUGUGAUGUGCAUGACUGGUGUGCAUGGCAACCUUGCAUGCAUCCUUUAAGCCUUUGUCUCGUGUCAUUUCCUAUUGCAGUGAGAUAAUUCAGAAUAUGUGAGCUUGCAGGCAUAUUUGCUGUACAUAUAUUGUGCGAGUAUGGUUUCAGCGCUUAAAUGCUAAUGCUUUGUGGGUCACCAUGUUUAUGCAAUGCCUCGCAUACAGUGAUCCGCAUUUUUACUCUGCAGUCACCUUGAGUUUUUUACUGUCAGUUUGCAGUCAGAUUUUGCAACAAGAUUGCAUUCAUUGGUCCACAUUGUGACAUUGAAAAGUCGGCAUCGUUGCCUCCGUAAUCCAUCUGGACCUUUAAUUGGCAACAGGCAGCAGAAUCAGUCCACAUGUUCUGAAACACACUUAUGCAAUGUUGAUGGGGCUCGUGGCAUGAUGGAUUUUCAUUUUUUUCUGAAUGAACCAGGGAACGAAGAUAGUAAGCACAUUAUUGGACAAUGUGUGGCAAAAGUUUAGCAAUAGCAAAGUAGAAGUAGGUGGAAAAUUCUUUUAGUACUGUUAGAAUAAAGGUGCGACUCACUGUAUGCUACCACUGAAAGUUGAUCCACAGAGGAGUGUGCCUCUGUCGACGACAAGCUCUGUUAUUGCGAGCAAUAAUAACCAGUGUUGUUUACUGGAGUUUGUCAGUGCACUAGUGUGCUGCGAUGCGAGAUAACCUUUUUCAGCACAUUCAUUGCUUGCAGUCUGUAGACCUACUUUGUUUGUGAGAAUUUGUGAAAGAUGCACUUGGACUAGCAUAAUUAAUUUGCCAGCACUGCUAUUCCUUCUCUAUUGCAAACUAGCUUCAAGGAAAUUGUGCAUUUUUGUUGUUUCCAUCACUCAUUUCACUUUACAAGGUUGUGAAAAAAACAUUUUAAAGAGUUUCGUGCAAAUAUAACAAACAGCACCAGCAUUGCUAGGUUUGCCAAAGGUUGAAAUAGAAUUAUCAAUUUACCAACUUGCACAUGCAACUGGGUCAACAAGGAGCCUGGCAAAAUAAAGAAUUUGUACAUUGGCAAUCCCAAAAAUUUUUUACAUAUAAUAUGUGAGUGUGGACAAGUAACAUUCUCUGUUAGAAUGCAGCGUAGAUAUUUAGCUUAAAUUGCUGCUGGGUAUUCAUAAGGCCAUUUCAUUUGUAUGAAUUCUUGGUACAUGGUUGGUACAGCUAGUUCACUUCUUGUGUUUGCCGUGGAUGGCGCUUUUGAAAGGUACAUUGUGGCCAAAACUUUGCAGUCGUCUGGCCAUGUAUUCUCCUAGUGACCAACCAUCCAGAAAGGUCACUUGUAUCAAAUUCUGUAUAAAUAUUGAACUCCAGGCAUGCAUUAAGUUUCUGGGUAAACUGUGGGCUUGUUCACAGUUGAGUUGUGCAGAGGUGGCAUAGCUCAAUUCCUGCAGUAAAGGGACACUAAAAGCAAAUAUUAAGUCAAGCUAAAGUGAUAGAUUAGCACUUAAGAAUUUCUAAGGCAUCAAUAUUAUCGCAAAUAGAGCCUUAAUAAUCGAGAAAUUGAGGUAAAUGCACGACAUGAUUAGAGACUCCCCCGGGACAUUCAAGUACUUGUCCGAUGACGAAAGCACUCCUCAGUUAAAUUCUGUGACUAGUACUAAACCACUCAUUGCAAAAAACAUCCUUGUAUUGUAUUAUAAGACGAAAUAAAAUGCUACUUGUCCAGUUCUAUUGCAUUUUUAGAAAAAAGAACUCAUUGAAAUUACCCUUGACAAUGACGCGGGCGGUCGGAAGGUUUCGUUUUCGCUCGACUCCGCGCCGCCCAUGCUUUCGCAUUUCAGUAGUUUCGUUAUUGAGUACUGCUGCGCUGGUUCUGCUGGCUCACGAAACUCGGACAAACUGCGAGUAGCAGAGAAUUCAACUUCCAUGGGAUGUCGCGGUAUGCCCGAACGGUCUACAUCACUUGACCAAAAAGCAGCUGCCGCGGCGAAUCCACCACUCUGUUAUGGCUCGGUACCGCCGUCUGUCGGGUGCCACUUUACUCACCGACGACAGCAAAGGGUGGUGAUAGCACAUGCAACGUCACCACUGCCCCAGUUGGGUGCCAGGAGAUUUGAAUUUCGAAAAAGUAUUCGGACCUUUCAGAUGCAAUUUUCUUUUAAACUAACUCUUUUCUUGACACGAAACAAGCGUUGCGAGGUUUCUGGAAUGGCGUUUGAACAGUCCACGUCGACUUAGCAUUUGCCUUUAUUGUCCCUUUAAUACCAUGCCUAGGCACAUCACUUCCAUGUUUGAUACAGAAUAAAUCAAGUAUCCAUCACCUGCAGCAAUUCCAGAUGCAAAGAUGCAAUUGAUCUUGCUGCAAGAAAGUGGUGGAGCCAUCUGUCACUGACAGGCUCCGUCACCGUUCCUGAGAUCUGCAUGUCGUACAUCUGAUGCAUCUGGUUAAUUCAAGAUGGAACAGGGAAGUAAUGCCUGCAAACAUGGUAUUAAGUUGCAUGCUUUGAGCAGUGCCACCUGUGCACAAGAUUCAAGCACAAACAAGUCAACAGUUCAGCUAGAAGAACCAUGUACACUCUGAACUAUUAUUUACACAGCAUUCAGUGUAUGGUCCAUUGAUAUGGAUCUGAGACUGCUUAAUGUGAUGCCAGAUAGUACCAAAUAUGCCGUACAGUAAUCACAUGGAAUGCAUUUUCUACAUGUUAUUGCCAUCCAUUUCCUGACAUCUGUGCAUUCAUGUUUAAUAAUUAUACAAUAUGUUUUUACCAUGACUGGAUUGCUUUUCAGGGUGUUUGUCGGUAACCGUGCAUUACAUGCAUAUCUGCAGCGAUUGCAAUGUGGUGAUUGCACUGCUUAAAAUAAACUCGCUGAUGUCAGGUGGCACCACGCUGAAUAUGCCAGAAAUACAUUCCAUAUGAUUUUCACUUGGGGUGAGGCAUCUGAAGAAAUCAUCAGACCUGCGAUGAGAUUAGGAAGUUUGCAGGUAUAGGAUGGAGUCGGUAAUGCAAGGCAAGGUUAAAUGAAGGUCACUGGCAGAGAAGUUCAUCAUGCUCUGGACAUAAUAGGAUGAUGACAAUGACAGCCAUAAUAAAAGAUUGUUGAAAUAGAGCAUGGCAAUCCUCACUUUUAUUUAAUAUGUUAUUGAGCAAUGUAGUCCCUACUUUAUCAAGCUCAAUAACAACCGUGUAGUGCUGCCCGUGGAAACUGCAAUAAUCUGGUGCUGUUUGAAAAGUUUCAUAAUUUGUGCAGUGUGACUGUGCUGCUUUCUUAUUUCUUUGUGCACUGCACUAUCCACAUGUCCUGUCUACCACAUGUGCAUUGUAUUUUACUGAUGUCCAUCUGUACUUCACGAGUGUAGUGUUGUAGUUCACAAAAUAUGAUGCCCUUUUUUUCCUCAGUCCAAUGCAUGUCACUAUUGCAUAAUUGAUUGACCUGCUUGGUUGGCAUAUGACACUUGGGUUUGAGUGUGAGCAGCUUUGAAUUUUGGCAGGGUAUAAAGUGCACUGUCAUACAGUGAGCCAUUGCUUCCAAAGCCCACCAAAGUGCGUGGUCCUUAAAAGCCAUUAAAAGCUUUUAUGUGCUGCCUUUUACUUACUUCCCUGACUGUAACAUUUUGAUGGGCAUUCUGAAUGGUGCCAAUCAACUCCAUUUGGCAAGCAACAGUAUUUUGUGAUUUUUAUCUGUAGCUGAAAUGGCAGUUUUUUACUUUACUGGCUAGCUACAGUGACAGUGUGAUUUAAUGCCCAGUUUUGUCUGGUUAUUGGCCCAUUUUUACUGAAUGCAUUGAUUUUUGUUUGUUACAUGCGGUAGUUGUCACAGGUAACUUUUUUGUGCAAGUUACGUCACUUUGUGCUGAAACUAAUUAGUAGUGUGGGCAAGUGGUUAAGAGAAACAAAAUUUGGCCUUGUAGAUUAGACUCACCUUUUGUAUUCGUACUUUUCCUUUGUCUUUUGUAUGGAAUUUUUGGCUGCUGGCAUGUUUAGUUUAUGUGCUGAAAUGUGACAGAAUUUUUAUCUUUGUUCCACUUUGUACAACAUUAUUGACUGUUGGCACGAUUGGUUCAGCUGUUGGUAUGUGAAACGAGAUACACCAGGAGGAUGCAGUAAACCUUAAAGCAGAAUAUAAAUGCUACUGAAGUGUCCUUAACUGUGGUGCUAAUUAUAAUGGACUGCCCAAAGUUUCCAGUGUACCACAUUUUUGUAUAAGACUGCAUCUAGUCAUGCUUAUAUUUUUUUUAUAUUACCCACAUGGUCAUGGCAUCUCAUAACCGACAACGGCCAUGCUUUACACAUACGAGGUGUGACAUUUUUGUUUUGUUAUGUCGCAUGUAAUCACUCUUGGUCUUUAUUUUUGUGCUUCUGUUUCUUAUACUUGUGGUUUUGCAGGGAAAAGUUGGCGCUUCCAUGACAGCUAAAAGCACUGAUUAUUUUCUUUUUCACUUAUAUUGCUCGCUAAAUUUUAUGCCUUUGACUUUUUCAAUACGAACAAGGUCCCUAUGUGGACAUUUUACCUUAUGUCUGUAUUCAAGGGAAAUAAACCCAUUUUUAACAUUACUGUA